AUGGAAGAAAAACUACUUUUGGUUAUACUGCUUUUCGCUUCUGUAGUGGGGAGCUUUGUAGUAGCCGCAUGUCCGGAUGCGGGACAGAUUCAGCCUUGCUAUUGCCAUAAAGACAAUGGACAAGCCAUUCUCAUCUGCUCAGACAUACCUAAACCCGAUGUGUUGGUGAAAGUGGCUACGAACUCAGAACAUUACAGGUAUGACAAGGUGAUUAUAGAAGAAUCCACCCUUCCUUACAUACCUAAGGCUGUGCUGGAAAAAAUACAAACUAAAUAUCUGGCUUUAAGAAAUCUGACACUAGACAAGCUUAUUGAUGACAUUCCAAAGACACUUGACAGAUUGCAAUACUUGGUGUUGCAAAAUAUUGAUUCGAAGGAUUUAUCUUGGAAAGUUUUCAAUAAUACAAAAGGUCUCAAAUCUCUUACUAUUGAUCAAGUGCCAAUUCCUGCCAUCACCAGAGAAAUGACUACGUACUUAACACACGAUCUGGAAGCGCUGCACUUGCGAUACACUGACACAAAGGAAAUCUCGACAGGUGCUUUCGAAGGAUUCCGGCUACUUCAAACAUUAUCUAUAACUCAUAAUAAACUGGAACGUAUUGUACGAGAUUCUUUUCCAAAGCCAUUUCAAGUUGAGCUCCUAUUUCUUUCGUACAAUAAACUGACUUCGAUACCAGUUGACUUAUUAACAGAUAUGCCGAAGUUGAAGACCGUUUUUCUGAAUGAAAAUCUCAUUUCCAGCCUCAACGAGCCAGCCUUUGAAACCACCAGUAAUAUUAGUCAUAUCGACUUUUAUGAAAACCCGCUGAAAUGCGACUGCGCCUUUAAGUGGAUCGCUGUUAAGAAGCCUCUCAACAUCAAAGGGAAAUGCGCAACCCCGAAAAACCUGAGAGGAAGAGAACUGCAACAUCUCAAUAAAGAUGACCUUGAGUGCUAA